GUCACCCGGUUAACAGGCAUCGAGCUUCAGUGAUGGCCAAAAAUUUGCCCCCAUCUGGGCAGUCUGUAAAUUAUGAAAGUGAUUCCAAACAAGUGACGAGCACACAAAAACCGCUCACCCAAAGAUCACUUUCUACCAGCGGCGGAAGUCCAUCAGAAGAUUCCAUGCGUGCUUUGGAGAAUUUGAUAAUUUGUACAAUUUGCCAGAACCGGCUGAGAUCGCCAAAAAUGCUUCAGUGUCAGCACACGUUUUGUCUUGCGUGUCUAAAAAUGUCAAUUCAGCGACCGGAUCAGCAAGAUUAUAUUGUGUGUCCAACCUGCGAUAGCAUGCAGGAACUAUCUACCGUUUCAGGUGAUAUCUCGAAGCUACCACCAAAUUUGUAUAUCGACUCCGUGAUGCAGGUUUUGGAUGGCCAACAGCAAGUACCGGUCUACCGAGAACAACAACAUACCUUAUCAUUGGCUUCCACUGUCAAGAGCACCAGCGGAGAGCCACACUCGAAAUGUUACAAAUGCGAUACAUUCGGUAGCGUCAUGAUGCAAAACUGCGACCACUGCAAACAGAUCCUGUGCGCCAUCUGCUGGCAAACCCAUAUGGAUGAGCUCGCUAAACAAGUCCGGCAACUUGACGUGCAGCUCAAUUCGGCCAGUGAAAAAAUGGAAAACAAAGUGACCGUCUAUAGGAGCCGCUUCAACGACAUCAACCUGCAGAUCAAGGAAUACUUUGAGGAGCAAAUUAGCAUCCUUCAGAGUAGCGAAUGCUCGUUACUAGAUGAAUCGCAGAGAAUACUAAACGAUGGGCUUUGUUCGCACGAGUUGGUGAUGGAGAAGAUACGGCACCUGAGGGCCACCAUCGGGGACACCGCGAUCGGCACGCAUGGCAAUCUGGUGCAACUGUUUCUAAAUUUGCAUAAAGAAAUUUCGAUUGUGUUCGAGGAAAUUUCGCACUGGGGCAAAGAGAUCAUCCUGUUUGAUCAGCAAACUAUGAAAAUCGAAGUGCUGAACGCACGUAACGACGCCAAAUCUCAAAACGAAACCAGCAAGGAAAGUGAGAACCAAAAAGUCGGUGCCUUGAGUAAAGAAACACUGAACACGCAAGAAGAUGUUUUGAUGUUUUACAGAAAUCAUUUCUUCAAACCGAAACUAUUCUGGAACAAGUGCCAUCGUCCGGCAGGGGUUGGACUAGCCCCGUGGAAACAUCCGUCGAUCGAUCAACCACUGAUCUACAUUGCAGGAGCUGAGAGCAAAGUUGUGUUUGUCGUCAAUAAAGCCAAUGGUGAAAUAGUACAGCGUAUCCUUCAUGACAAUAUGGUCUAUCCAAAUGGUGUUGCCUUCGAUGCAACCAGCAAGACAGUUUACGUUUCGGACAAAUGGAAACAUUGCAUUUUUGUAUUCGCAGCUACUGGAGAGUUCCUGCGACAGCUAUGCGAUAAAGGAGACCAGGAGGGCUAUUUGCGGUCACCAGGAGGAUUGGUUGUGGGACCCAAUGACUCACUAUUUAUAUGCGAUACGGGCAAUGACAGAAUUCAGUGCAUCAACGCAACUACCGGUCGUAUGUUGUCCCAGUUCGGGCGAAUCCCAAAAGAACAACUGCUUAAGGCAACACAGACUAAAGUUCCGACGCGUCACGUCGAUCUCAAGAGCCCAACAGGUAUAGCGAUCCACAAUGAUACGGUAGUAGUUCUGGACAGCGGGAAUCGGCGCAUCAAAACAUUCAACAAACGAGGCGAGAAAGUGCUAGAAUUCGGUCAAACUGGCUCUAUGACCGGCCAGUUCCAGUAUCCGGAGGUAAUUGCGGUUGAUUCGCACGGUUUCAUACUGGUUGGCGAUGGGGGUAACGCAAAAAUACUGAUUUUUCGACCGAACGGUCAGUUCAUUACGGCUCUCGGGUCGCGCGGUGAUUCGCCGGGCAAGUUCAACUGGCUAUCGGGGCUAGCCGUCACCGAGGAUCGUGAGAUUAUCAUCAGCGAUUACCGAAAUCAUUCCGUUCAGGUGAUUGUGUAGAACACCGAAG